AUGGAUCUUGACAAGAUGACCGACGGCGAGCGCGUCGCCGCGGCGAACGGGCAGGACCUUGAGCAGGCUCGUCGUGGCGUGGAGUUGCCGCCGUCCGCCGUCCAUGGCACCAACCGUCUCGCCAUUGGCAAUCUCAUACGGGAGCUGGUGCUGGAGGGCGUGGCGACGUUCCUGGUGGUGUUCUGGUCGUGCACGGCGGCGGUGAUGCAGGAGACGCGCCACGCGCUCUCGUUCCCGACGGUGUGCCUCGUCGUCGGCCUCACCGUCGCCUUCGUGCUGGGCUGGAUGGGCCCGGCGCACCUCAACCCAGCCGUCACCGUCACCUUCGCCGCCUUCCGCUACUUCCCCUGGCGCAAGCUCCCGCUCUACGCCGCGGCUCAGCUCGGCGCCUCCGUGCUCGCCUGCCUCUCCGUGAACGGCGUCAUGCGGACGAGCGAGGAGCACUUCUACGGCACCGUGCCCAGGCCGCCGGGCGCCGGCGUGCGGCUGCCGUUCCUCCUGGAGCUCCUCGCCUCCGCCGUGCUCAUGAUCGUCAUCGCCACCGUCGCCAGAAGCUCCGCCAGCAAGGCGGUGGGAGGGAUGGCCAUUGGAGCGGCGGUGGGGACGCUGGGGCUGGUGAUCGGGCCGGUGUCGGGAGGGUCGAUGAACCCGGUGAGGAGCCUGGGCCCGGCGAUCGUCUUCGGGAGGUACACCCACAUCUGGAUCUACGUCGUCGCCCCCGUCGCCGGCAUGCUGCUCGGCGCGCUCUUAAACUUGGCCGUCCGGCAGUCCGAUGCGAUCGUUGGUUUCCUUUGUGGCGGCAGAGGAACGUCAAGCAGGGUCGUCGUCAUCGCUCGCCCCGUCGGUGGAGCGCCUGGGUCCAACUAG